AUGGCACAGAGAAUACUAAGAGACCAUGAAGCUAAUGGAUGUGAACAUUCCGAUUUCCCAAUUCUCUGCGCGUCUUGCCUCGGUGAAAAUCCUUACUUGGGAAUGGCCCUAGCGAAUUUUGACAAGGAAUGCAAGGUUUGUACACAGCCUUUCACGGUGUUUAAGUGGCGACCUGGCCGGGCUGCUAGAUACAAGAAGACUGAAAUCUGUCAGACUUGCUCCAAGUUGAAGAACGUAUGCCAAGUCUGUAUUCUUGAUCUUGAGUAUAGUCUUCCAGUUCAGGUCAGAGACACGGCUCUCAACAUUAUUACUCACAAUGACUCUUAUUCCAAGAAGCCAUGUCAAAACAGAGAGUAUUUUGCUGAAGAACAUGACCGAAUGGUAUUGCUUACCGACUUCGUUUUUGAAUGUUUAACUUAUGUUGCUUCAUUGGUGAUUUUUGAUUAUUUUUCUUUUUCUGAAUCUUCAAAGAAAGAACCACACUAUGAAAAGAACCAGCCAAAUGUUUGCAGUUUCAACACCAUAGGUAAGUGUACAAGAGGUGCCGGAUGCGCAUUCAGGCAUGAGAUGCCCAAGACAGAAGAGUUAUCACACCAACCAUAG